AGACAUUUAGCACGCUUCUGCAGCCCGGAGGGCUGACCGCCGCCCAGGCGGCGAAUGCAGGCCAUCAACAGGGUGCUUCGGCAGAACGCGCGCCCCUCCUCAUCCUCGAGGAGUGCCAUCCCAAUUGUGCUGCCAGAUUGGUGUGAGAAAGGUACAAAUCUCGUGUACAUAUCGAAGAGUAAUGGCCAAGCCCAUACAGUGCAAGUGGAGAAGAUUGAGGAAAGACAGCAGAUGGUUGUCAUCCGCUUCGACUCCAACAGAAAAGUGUGGAAACGAGUGCCGUUUAUCGAGGUGCGGAAGUUUGGGGAUGGCACGCUGAGGCCGCUGUGGAAAAAGACAGAGGUUGCGACCGUGCCCCAAAAACCGGCAAACUUUGUGGACGUCGACGCCGAUGCCUCGCCUGAGGUGUCUGGGCCUGCGCCAAAUCCCAAUCCCGUGGUGGACGCAGAGCCGAGCCCCGAGGAGGUGAGCCCUGAGGCGCCGGAGCCUUCCAAGAAGAGACCGGCCAGCGUUGCGCAAGGAGAUGCGAAGGUGGUGGCGAAAAAAAAGAAAUCGUGAAAGCACCGAAAAGGCACCCCGGUGCGCCGCGCAAGGAAUCCCAAGCUGGGGUUCCGACUGGCGCCAAUAUAGCUCGGGAGAU